GAAAACUACCUCUAUUCAUUGGAGAGGCCUACUUUCACAUUGUAACAGCAGUUAUUUCACAACACUGCGAGAAACAAUUUAAAAAUUAGCAUGUUGUAGAAAUAAAACGUUUAAAUGUCUCUGUUUAGCAAUGUUGAAGUUUCUGACAGCUCGAGAGAGUGGCAUAGACAGUCCCGUUGUCCUGAGACGAAUCGAAUCAACGAAACGAGCUUACUCCUUGGAGCUCAGUAAACACAGAGAUGUAGAAUCUGUUUUUUAUGGCGGCAUAAACUCUCUGGAUAUAGACCCAGUGGAAUCUAGAUAUCUAUUGUCUGGGACAGUCUCUGGAACAUUACACAUACAUGAUCUGACAAACCAUUCUGGGGAAGUGAAGCACACCACCAAAGCAGUUUGCAAUGUUAGCCGCUCCAACACCUAUAAACAUAAACACAGUGUGGAGACAGUUCAGUGGUAUCCUUUGGAUACUGGGAUGUUUCUGUCUAGUGGAACUGACAGAACUCUCAAGAUCUGGGACACAAAUAGUAUGAAGCCAGCAGAUGAGUAUGAAUUCAGCGGCAUUGUGUACAGUCAUCACAUGUCUCCAGUGGCUACAACUCACUGCCUGGUGGCAGUGGGCUGUCAUAGCUCCACACUGAAGCUGGUGGAUCUUAAGUCAGGCUCCGCCACUCAUAUGCUCAAGGGCCACAAGAAGUCCAUUCUGACAGUAAGAUGGUCACCCAAGAAUGAAUAUCUACUGGUAUCUGGCAGUGAAGAUAACAGGGUACUUCUGUGGGAUGUCAGAAGUUCUAAGGGGUCACUGAUGAGCCUAGACCAAUUCAAUGGACAGGAAGUUCCAACCUUUCUCAGUGCAUGCACUGCACAUAGUGGCAAUGUGAAUGGGAUGUCUUUCACCAUGGAUGGGCUGCACUUGGUGACCUCCGGCACAGACAACAGAAUCAGGCUGUGGAAUAUCGAAACAGGACGGAACACACUGGUGAAUUAUGGGAAGAUUCAAAAUGAGACCAGGAAAGGCCUGCAGUUUGCAGUCUCCUGCUGGUGCAAGUCAGAUCUGAUAUACAUUCCUGAUGAGUACUGCAACAUACAAGUUUACGAGAUGUUUACGGGCAGAAAAAUCGACACACUUAGGGGACACCUUCAGCAGGUCAACUGUUGCGUGUUCCAUCCCGACUACCAGGAGUUGUACAGUGGAGGAAAUGAUCGCAAUGUCCUAAUUUGGGAACCCGAAUUGGACGGUUCUUAUGACAAUUAUCUGAAGGAACGUAGUUCUAAGAAGCAGACUCAGAGUAGGAGUUUUGUGUCUAGAAUAGCAGCCACUGCCGACUCCUGGAGCAGUGACGAAGAAACGUGACAAAACAAAUAUUGAAGCAGACAUCUCCAAAGUGCAAUGGUUUCAUUUAAGGAUGUGACCUUUUGACUUCACUUGCAAAUUUUGACCCUACAGUGUAAAUCAAAAUGGAUCCAUGGCCAUGAAUGCUCAUACUCCAGUACAUAUAUAUUGACAUUAUUUCGUUGUGAAGGAGUCUGAUGGAACAGUAUGUGAAAAAAAAAUAGAGAAAACUGAAAUAAAUCUAGACAGUUGUAACCUUUACACCAUUGUACUCAAAGUACUAGGUUGUUUCACAAGUAAAAGCAUACAAUAAAGAAUGAAAUAUUA